GGAGAUGAAGCGCACUUGGACUGCAGAAGGCAGCAGGAUGAAGGGUAGUGUGCAGCUAGGGCUGUUGUGUCUCAGCCUGCUCAUCUCCAGUCUUCAUGGAGAAGUAGAGACAGAUACCAGCAUGCAUAUGCCUCUUAAUUUAGAAGAGCCAGAUCAGAGCAUGGAAUAUCCUUUUAGGUUUGAAGAGCCAGAUCUUCAUCAGCCUGAGAUGUACAGAGUACGACGACAGACGGUUUCCACAGAGAAAGAAGACACAGCAAAGACAGAAGUUGUUGUGACAUCAAGUGAGAACGGCAAGAUUAUGAGAAGAAAAAGGCCACAUCCAGGAGCUUUCACCCUUUUAGGAGACAGUAAAGAUUCUGAGGUAAAGCUUUAUCGCACCAAGAGGCAGAGCAAAAGCAAGGGCAAAAAGAAAGGAACUCAUCGCCCGGGACGUUACAGCCUUUUAGCAAUGGGAGCUCCCCUAAUUCCCAAGCAGCCUGUCCGUGCCAAAAGGGACACUGGACACUGGCCGGGACGUUAAAGCAUUAUACGCAUUCAAGGCUCCUUCCCAGGAUCCCUGAAUCGGGAAAAAGCGGGAUUGCAUAUAUAGAGAUACAUCAUGUUUCAUAAAGAACAUUUCAGCGUCAAGUUAUGCUUAUGAAAGUAAUCAUUUAUCUUUCUACAGCUUUUAUUUUUCCAAUAAUCUCUAUGGUAAAUAUAAUAGAUUCUCCCAAUUCUGUAAGUCUAAGAGGCAUCACUAGGCGGCAGUAUUUACUCAAGAGAUGAGCACUCAAGCCAGCUCCGCUUGUCACAAUGUUUAUUUGAUGUCUGUUGAUCUUUAUCUGUUAACUACAAUAAAGCAUUUGUGUUUAAAUGUCACUCUUUAUUGUGCGGAAGCAUUGCCAAACCUUGUAGAUGGAGAAUAGCUUUCUACAGAGAUUUGGCUGUGGUUGUAAAUUUAGUGAAGAAUGAAAAGAAUGACAUGUGGAUAUUGUCAAGCAUAAAUAGCCUGAGAAGUUAUGUGUUUGUUGAUGCAUUCUGUGAGAUAAAAACUGAGUAAUUAUCACUCCUCUUGUGUAUUUGAGUGGUUUUGCCAGUUAAAUGUGCCAGAAAAGUUGUUAGAAACAUGCAAAAUAAUAUGUUUCUUGCCAGGAACUUGUCAAAACACAUUGGCGGUCCAAAUUAAAUAGAAAAGCAACACCCUUUCUUCCUUAUCUGCAUAAUUCUUGAUAAUAACACAAAACUAUUUCCUGUGCAGUUCACUUUGAUGCCAUUUAAGCAUCUGAAAUGUGCUGGGAAAAACAUUUUGUUUGAAAUCACACCAAGGCCAGUAUGCAGUAUCACUGCUUUCACACUGAACCCUAAAUAGCAACCACAGGCAACCAUGCAAAAGCAACAAUUUGCACUUACACAGGUAUAUAUGAUGACUACAAACAAAGUCAACAGCAUGUUUUUUCUCAAACAAAAAUAAAAAAUGAAAUAAUUAGCUUAAAAAAAUAAUAAUUACACAAAAAUAAUGUGCAUGCACAUUCAUUUUGAAGAAAAACCUUAAUAUAUGCUGCUGAAUAUGCUGUGGCUGUGCAUUACAUCUGAUAAACUUGUUGAAAAGACUUUAAAGGCGUUUGCGGACAGUUGCUGCAGACGCAAAUAGGAAAAGAUUCGUUCGCAGAAUGAAAUGUGGGAGUAAAACUCUGCAUGCAUGAGUCACAGUAAACACACUCUGUUCUCACAGGAAGAGCAGACAGAAACAAUCUACUCUGCCUUCAGGCAAACCUAAGAAUCUUACAAGAGCUUUAGAGGAAGAAUGGAGAUCUCAGAUGAACAUUACUAUGACUACGAGUACGAAAACAACAGCUCCAACUUCAGCUAUGAUGAUUAUCAGACCAUCUGCGAGAAGGGUGACGUGCGCUCCUUCGCGAGGAUCUUCCUCCCAGCUGUUUUCGGGUUAUCUCUAGUGCUAGGUUUAGCAGGGAACGCUCUGGUUGUGGCGGUGUACGCGUACUGCAAGCAACUGAAAACGAUGACUGACACAUUUAUACUUCACCUGGCUGUGGCAGACCUUUUGCUGCUCCUAACGUUGCCCUUCUGGGCUGCAGAUGCCGUCCAUGGCUGGAAUCUCGGGGUCACCGUCUGUAAACUCGUAUCUGCCCUGUACACCAUCAACUUCACCUGUAGCAUGAUGCUCCUUGCCCACAUCAGCAUGGAUCAGUACCUGUCUUUAAGGCCGGAAGCCAGAAACAGAGGCCUUGCCCGUGCUUUUCAAAAGAAGCAUUGUGGAAAACUCUGUUUGGUGGUCUGGACUGUUGCAUUUUGUCUUGGAGUCCCUGAUUUGGUGUUUUCAACGGUCAAGGAGCUUCCUCAUAAAAAAAGCUGCAUUGCAAUGUAUCCGUCGGACAUGGCGCUCAGGGCUAAAGCUAGUUUGGAGGUGGUGGAAAUCGUGAUUGGCUUCUUGCUACCUUUGUUAGUGAUGUUGUUCUGCUACACCUGUGUAGGCCGAGCCCUAUUGAAGCUCCCUCAGGAGAGGAGGUGGAGGAAAUGGAGGUCCAUCCGUGUGCUGCUGGUGAUGGUGGGAGUCUUUGUGGUCACGCAGCUGCCCUACAACGUGGUCAAGUUCUGCCGGGCCGUGGACAUCGUGUAUAUGUUUGUUACGCACUGUGGGGUUAGUAAAGAGCUGGACAGGGCUACUCAGAUCACAGAAAGCCUGGCAUUAAUACACUGCUGUCUAAAUCCUGUUUUGUACACUUGCGUCGGUUCCUCCUUCAGACAGCACGUACUGAAGUGUGUCAAAGACUUUGGUGACAGAGGGAGGAGGUUAGCACACGCGAGAGAGCAACAAGAAGUAGAUAUCUCCUUGAAUUCUCAUUCACAGUCCCAGGACACCAGUACUUUCUCCAUUUGAGCACAGUGAAGGAGAUGUAGAUUUUUACCAGCCUGUUGAGGCUUUGCACCAUCUUCCCCUUGGCAAAUAUGUACACAAAGUGGCUUUUGUUUUUGUAUUUUGUAAAAAAGGCAGUAUUUUGACCAGAAAAAUAAUUUCUCAUUUAAGUAAAGUGUGAGACGCAACAUGUUGCUAGUUGCGUUUGUAUGAAAAAGAACAACAAAAAAAAGGGAUGAUACGAGAGACAUGAAAGUAACGUCAGACUAGUAGCGGACUGAUGGUGCGUUCAAGUUCUCCUGGUAAGUUCAUAUUUACAAGUUGGGAAGUCGUAUUUAUGACACUAGGUGUGUUAAAGUUACUGGUCAGAGCAAGACAGCGAUAUAUCCUACCUUUCAACAAUACAUAAAGUGAAAUUCUUAAUUCUACUUAAGGAUGAAUAAAGAAUGUGCAUCACUUUUGUUUUUGCUUUUAUGUUUUUAUUUAAUUUAUGAAGGUGUUGUAAGUUUUAAAUCGUUAUAUGCUAUUAUAAUUAUACAAUACUAUCGUAUUCGUAUUGUUAAUUAAAACCUUUUUACGGUCAAUAGGGUAUGGAGUUUCUUUUGUGUCUUUUUUAUUCAAACAAACAUAUUGUGUUUGAGAGUAAAACUAAUUAUUUUGUAAUUAAAAAAUAUAUAUAUUGCAAAAAAAGUCGUCUUAAGGCUCAAAAAUAAAGAAGUUGAUAACAGAA